GCUCCUGCUGUGUUCUGGAGCUGCGGCCGCGUUCCGAGCUGCUGCUGUGCUGCACGCUUACCACAGUUAGCUGGUCCGGCCGCUGUGCUGCUCGCGUCCAGGCCUCGCUAGCGUCUCCGCCCGCGGCACCGAUUCUUCCGGCGCCCCCCCGCCGCGACUGCCCAGAUGGCUCUGUGCAACGGAGAUUCCAAGCCAGAGAAUGCUGGAGGAGACCUCAAGGAUGGCUGUCAACACUACGAAGGAGCUGUUGUCAUUCUGGAUGCUGGGGCUCAGUAUGGGAAGAUCAUCGACCGGAGAGUGCGGGAGCUCUUUGUACAGUCUGAAAUCUUCCCCUUGGAAACACCAGCCUUCGCCAUAAAGGAACAAGGAUUUCGGGCUAUUAUCAUAUCUGGAGGACCUAAUUCUGUGUAUGCAGAGGAUGCUCCCUGGUUUGAUCCAGCAAUAUUUACCAUUGGCAAGCCUGUUCUUGGAAUUUGCUAUGGCAUGCAGAUGAUGAAUAAGGUUUUUGGAGGCACAGUGCAUAAAAAAAGUGUUAGAGAAGAUGGAGUUUUCAAUAUUACUAUGGAUAAUACGUGCUCAAUAUUCAGGGGCCUUCAGAAGGAAGAAAUUGUUUUACUUACACAUGGAGACAGUGUAGACAAAGUAGCUGAUGGAUUCAAGGUUGUAGCACGUUCUGGGAACAUCGUGGCAGGUAUAGCCAAUGAAUCUAAAAAGCUAUAUGGUGUACAGUUUCACCCUGAAGUUGGCCUUACAGAAAAUGGGAAAGUAAUACUGAAGAAUUUCCUGUAUGAUGUAGCUGGAUGCAGUGGGACCUUUACUGUGCAGAACCGAGAAAUUGAAUGCAUUCGAGAGAUCAAAGAGAGAGUAGGCACAUCGAAAGUAUUGGUUUUACUUAGUGGUGGUGUAGAUUCAACUGUUUGUACAGCUUUGUUGAAUCGUGCUUUGAACCAAGAUCAAGUUAUUGCUGUGCACAUUGAUAAUGGCUUUAUGAGAAAACGAGAAAGCCAGUCUGUUGAAGAGGCCCUCAAAAAGCUUGGAAUUCAGGUCAAAGUGAUAAAUGCUGCUCAUUCUUUCUACAAUGGAACAACUACUCUACCAAUCUCAGAUGAAGACAGGACCCCACGAAAAAGAAUUAGCAAAACAUUAAAUAUGACUACAAGUCCUGAGGAGAAAAGAAAAAUCAUUGGUGAUACUUUUGUUAAGAUUGCCAAUGAAGUAAUUGGAGAAAUGAGUUUGAAGCCAGAGGAGGUUUUCCUUGCCCAAGGCACUUUACGGCCUGAUCUAAUCGAAAGUGCAUCCCUUGUUGCUAGUGGCAAAGCUGAACUCAUCAAAACCCACCACAAUGACACGGAGCUUAUCAGAAAGUUGAGGGAAGAGGGAAAAGUAAUAGAACCUCUGAAAGAUUUUCAUAAAGAUGAAGUGAGGAUUUUAGGCAGAGAGCUUGACCUGCCAGAAGAAUUGGUCUCCAGGCAUCCUUUUCCAGGUCCUGGCCUGGCAAUCAGAGUAAUAUGUGCUGAAGAACCUUAUAUUUGUAAAGAUUUUCCUGAAACCAACAAUAUUUUGAAAAUAGUAGCUGAUUUUUCUGCAAGUGUUAAGAAGCCUCAUACACUGUUACAAAGAGUCAAAGCCUGCACGACAGAAGAGGACCAGGAGAAGCUAAUGCAAAUUACAAGUUUGCAUUCAUUGAAUGCUUUCUUGCUGCCAAUUAAAACUGUGGGUGUGCAGGGUGACUGUCGUUCCUACAGUUAUGUGUGUGGAAUUUCCAGUAAAGAUGAACCUGACUGGGAAUCUCUUAUGUUCCUUGCCAAGCUUAUACCCCGAAUGUGUCAUAACAUUAACAGAGUUGUCUAUAUCUUUGGCCCACCAGUUAAAGAACCUCCUACAGAUGUCACUCCCACUUUCUUGACAACGGGGGUGCUCAGUACUUUACGCCAAGCUGACUUUGAGGCCCAUAACAUUCUCAGGGAGUCUGGGUAUGCUGGGAAAAUCAGCCAGAUGCCAGUGAUUUUGACCCCACUACAUUUCGAUCGAGAUCCUCUUCAGAAGCAGCCUUCAUGCCAGAGAUCUGUGGUUAUUCGAACCUUUAUUACUAGUGACUUCAUGACUGGUAUACCUGCAACACCUGGCAAUGAGAUUCCUGUAGAGGUGGUGCUAAAGAUGGUCACGGAGAUAAAGAAGAUUCCUGGAAUUUCUAGAAUUAUGUAUGACCUAACGUCAAAGCCCCCGGGAACCACUGAGUGGGAGUAAUAAAUGUGUUAUUGUUGAAGAAGUGUGUGCAGUUGAGGCUCAUUAGAAACCACUUGUUAAUGACAUGCAGUGCUGUGAACAAUGUUGCUGAAGCAGCUCCUUCAUAUCUGAGUUCUCAUAGCAGCGAUACUCGGCUUAAGUGUGGAGUAGGCAUGAUUAAAGGGAAUGAAGAGUCUGUAUGUAUGGGUAAAUAAUCAAGGCCCAUUGCACAUGCAGACAGAUUGCUCUUGCUUUUGCCUCACUCUCUUAUGUAUGAACUCUUGAUGUCUGUCUACGACAAUAGGUGACUGUGGCUUCUGUCUGCUUGCUAUUAGAGACAUCCUUUAAUUACCAGUAUGGCAUACUAUGUGUGCCUUUUGGAGAAUCCGAAUUUUCCUGUAAGUAAUUUUAUUUCUCCAAAGGGUGAGGGAGAGCUGUACAUACCAUAGAAAGGAAUAAGAAAGCUGUUUAGACACUUUUAGGCAGGAUACUAGGGGAGUAAAAUGUAAGGUUCUUCCACAAUGUAGAACACCAGGAAUUUAUUAUGGAAGUACUUAGAGUGUGACUAUGAUGUCACAGCCAUGGCAGGAAGGACCUGAGUGCUGUCAGCCUUUCAAACCCUGUUUCAUACAGAUGCCAUGCUUUUCACGUCCAUCUUGUUAAUAUAAACUAGGAGUUGAUCCUCCCAGCCUUGUGUCACUAGCUCCAGCAGCUGUGUAGAAAGAGUUCUUACUCUCUCCCCAAAAGAGGCUGUCUCAGAAAAGGUUAAGACGAGAAUGUGCUCUUUUUGUUUGCCUGCUCAGAGGACUCGGUCCCAGAAGCCAUGAUCCAUCCCCACCACAUCUAAGUGGGAGAGGAAAUAUUUCUAUUAUUUAGGAAAGAGCUGUAAACGACACCUAGGUCUGAUCUGCAGACAGGCUUAUUGCUUCCUGCACAGAAGUCUCAACUCAUGUCAAGUAUUUGCCAGCCCAUUUUCUGCCGGCUUCUGGGAAGAGUUCAAGGCCAGUGCAGGAGUUGGUACCAUUGCCAAAAGCUCCUUACAGGUUCUUUAUGACAUUCAUGCAAGCCUGGGAAAGGCAGUAAAAAGACCCGCUUUUAGCUCAGGUUGCUGUCUGUUGCCUAGUACCAAUUUCUAUUUGGGAUUCAGUGUUAAAACAAAAGGAUAUAUAGCAGAAAUCAUCUUUCCUGGCCAGUUCAGAGGAUAGCCAGGAACUCCUGUUGAACCAAGAGGGAAAGGUCCCUCUGUAGCAGACAUCCAGACCUGAACAAAGUAUUUCCUUCUAACAGGAGGAUGUGAUAGAUUUAAGCAGAUUGAGAGUUGUGUUAUUUCUGAAUGGGAACUAACCCGUAUAAAAUGCUUGACAAGGUGUCAGUGCAUGUUCGAUACAGAAAACCCUUCCUGUUAUAGCAAAAAUGUCUGGUAUAAACAGCAGGAAUUCGGAAGAAUAUGAAUGUUCUUUCCCUGAGGUUUGUUUUGUGGCUCACUGUUUAUUGCCAUACUCUAAAACUGGUCAGGUGGUUAUAUACAUUUAGAAGUGCUGCUCAUUUGUAGUCAUUGCAUUCUGGACAUUGCUGGUGUUUAUGAUCCUCAAAUCUCAGACCUAUUGGAAUUAAAAUGUAUUUAGUGUUUUUCUCAUGCAUUUUCUUAAAUGUCUUUUUAUGUAAUCCUUACUCUGAAAAAAAUAAUUUCUUCAAAACAUACCUUUACUCUGAAAAAAAUAAUUUCUUCAAAACAUACCUGCACAUGACAUAGAAACUUUCUGGGAUUGAGAGAUUAUUUUCAUCUUACUGUCAAUCUUCUUGUGUGGUCAUUUUUGUCUUGUACUGUAUUGCUUACUUGAUAAUGUCAUAGUAGUUCAUCUGAGCUGCUGGAAAUCUUACAGUCAAGGUGACAGACUCAUCUUGAAAAUGGUUAUCAGUGACUUUAAGAACCAACUGCCAGGUUUUCUUGGAUAUAGCCAUCCUUCUAUUACGUGUAUUCCAGCCCUCAAAUCAUAUGACCUUACAGGUUGUUUAUUUUUUGCUUAGACUUUGUUCAUAGUAAUAGUUACCGCUUGAUAGUGUGGGCUGUUUUGACAUAUUCCAUUUCUUACUUGGGACACUUCUCUAUGUAAUUGUAUUUUGUUUCUUUGUAACUAUUAGAGGAAGUGAGAUCAGUGAAAAUGUAAUUUAUUCCAAAAUUGGCAGAUAGGAAAUUUCAAGAACCAAGUAAAUAAAUCCUAGCCCUGUCUUAAUGGACCUGUUAGUGAUGGUCAGGUCUGCUGGAUAUAAUAGCCUGACGUAAUUUUGAAGGCAAGUUUUUAGAUGUAUCUUAGUGACAGGAUUGUACUGUUUUCUCUCUCCAUCUUGGAGUAACUGCAUGCAAGCAUAAAUCAUAAAAGUUGAUUUCCUUGCUCUGUUUGAUUUAGCUAUUGAUGGCCAGUUUCAGUGAAUAACUGAAUUCUACUUUAUAUAGAAAAUAAGGAUAUUCAAGUGAAAUAGGCAACACUGUCCAUCUUGCUUUUCUUUUCUUUCUUUUUUUUUUUUUUGCCUUGCUGUUAAGUAGAUGGGUGGACCUGGACAAGUCAUGUUCAAUCCAGUUACCUCAUCUUACGAAGUUCCAACAUCAAACCCAACCCUAAAUAUUCAUUCUUAUUCUCCUUGAGACAGAAUUUAUGUAGCUCAGGUUCAUCAUAUAUUAGAGGAUGUCCUUGAACAUCUGACCCGCUUCCACCUCCCUAGUGCUGGAAUUAGAGGUAUGUACUCCUGUGUCCAGUUUAUGCUGUACUGGUGAUUGAACCCAGAUCCAUGUGUAUGCUUGGCAAGCACCCUACCAACUGAGCCACAUGCUUAGGUGCAUUCUUAGUUAUAAACAAGACAGCGUAACAGGGGACAGUGGAAAAGCUGGAUAGUUCUUACACUUCUUUUAAAACAUUAAACACAAACCCACAUUCACCCGCCACCGCUGCCAGCUAAUGAACAUCAAGGUUUGGUCGUGUCAGAUUCCUGAAAAUGCUCAUUACAGUGUUUGUGGACCAGUCUCUCUACUGUGUUUUUAGAAGAGCUGCCAGAGUAUGUUUCAGCUUUGACAUUAAAUACUAGACAUAAGUAUUAGCUGUUGGCAGAGUAGGAGCUGGAAUUCAGACUUUCUGAUUCUGUGUUGAAGAGGUAGACUUUUAUCUCUGUACAACUAAUCGGAUAAAUUACUGUCACAGUAUUGUCUCUCACAGGAGUUCUGGACGACCCAUUGCCUUUCAGAAAUGUUACCAUUUCUGACUUUUCUCACUCCCAGUGUUCUGAUUGCCUCUCACACUGCUCUCUCGCAUGACCUCCUCCCCACUACCCACCCCCCACCCCCCCCACCCGUCUUUUCUCUGAGAAUCUUCAGAGUGCUGUUGGAAGGCAAGCCUUCGUGGUUACCCCAGUGGUAUGUACUCCUUUAAUUGGCCCAAGUCUAGAUUUAACUGGAAACUGAGUACAGGUUAAGUGUUUUCAACUUAGGAAUUCUCUCUUGUCUUGAUUGAAGUAACUGUACCAGAUGGCAGAGGAAAACUCUUGUCACAUGAGGCUUUCACCACAGUAAUGGCUUUGUGAACAUUUAACAGCUAGAUGAGGAGUCCCCAGAGUGUCAGGAUGCUACCUUUCAACAGUAGACAUGCUGUAUACAGAAGUCAUAUCCCAUGGAAACCUUAACCGUAAGUGGAUCCCAACCUUGGUUGCUGUUGCCUGAGGAAUUAAAAAAAACAGACAAAACUCAGAUGUGACUAAAUUAAAGUUGAGUGGGGAUGGUGCCCAACCCCAGUUUUAAGUUUCUCAGUGGGAAGAAGUUACUUUAAGGGAUAUACCUGGCCUCUUGUUAGAGUUUAAAGUCCUACUCAAACAGGUCAGGAAUGAAGCCUGGAGAGUUUUGCUGAGAUCCACAUUAACUAAGUUCAGAUCAUGGGGCUACAUUUUUUGGAUCUGAUUGCAUCUAUGCUCCAAAAGUCAGUGUACCAGCCUGUGUAGGGAAUCUGUCAGACAACUGACAUCUUUACCCAUGUGAGAGUAGAACAAUUGCAUGGACUCACCCUCUUUCUUCCUACUCCUUUUAAUUUUCUCUUGACAAGAAGAUAUCUACUCUGUGUUGUCGCCAUCUCCAGUUCCGAGACUCCGUUGUCAUGAACUAAGACUGAGCUAUUCCUGUACCAGCUGAAGAAGCUUUAGGAGUGUGCUUUGUGGUGAUUAGCUGUUAGAACUAGAGAUGCCUUCUCAAUUAGAGUCGUUUAACAGCACCGUUUUAACUUAUCUAAGGUCUUUGUUUCCUGUAAAACUUGUGGCAGCUUUGGGCCUUGUUUAUAGUAAAGUCAGAAGACUUUAGGGAGGCAGGUUAUUUCUUUCAUAUGUUACAUUCAGAAGCACCAAAAUGAGUUGUUGAGAAACCUGAACCUCGAGUAAUCUAGUAGAGUCACAUACCUUAAGUUAAUGUUGUCUUUACAUUGACUGUGGUGACUUACAACCUUGACAUUUAGAUGAAAUGAAUGUAAACAUCCUCUGAACGUAUUUUUUAUAAAGCACUAUUUUGUUAAUUGAAGUGAAUAGUAUAGUUUUUGUGAAUCACUAUGUAAUUGUUAGUGACAUGCUGCCAUGUCUUUUAUGUUGCAAUGAUUUGGCUAUAAAAUCUAUUUGCUAAAUUAAUGUGAAAUGACAAAUUUCUUUGGUCUUCAGUGAAGUUCAUAAAGGAUGAAAUGAUUUCAUAAUUUGUCACUAAGUCUUGGUGUUUAUAAAAAUGAGAAGCAAGAACAAAGAGAACAGGACAUGUUCAGGUUGUCAAGAAAUUGCAUAUAUUAUUAGGACUUCUGGACAAGAAACUUAAUCAACUUCCCUUAAGUGUGUAGGGAUAUGUCAACAUCUUGUCCAGUGUUAACAGUGGACAUAAAUCUUUGGGACAUAAGCUUUUUAGUUAAAUGAGCAGCUAAAGAUGUAUAUAUGCAUGUGUGCUUUAAAAUUCGCCACAGACAUGGCGUUCUGAAUAGUCAUCUUAUGUAAGUCUUUAGUUUCUCAAAAUAUAGAUUAGCCUUACUAAUCUGUGUAUUUUGUAGUGCUGGGAGCCACACCCAGUGUGUUUGGCCCAAUAUACAAGCGUUUGUCCACAGAGCUACAUCACCAGUGCUGUGUUCUUUACUUUUCGGAACUGUGUUAUGAGUGGUACAAACCCAUGUCCUUUUAGAGAUCAGAGGAAACCAUGGGCAGAAACCAUGAGCUCAUGCUUGCUGUCAGCCACAGGGCUCUGCCUUGUUAGUGCUCCAGUUAGUGAUCUGAUAUGGCCUCCUGUUGUCUCAAAAAAUGAGUAAGUUCAACUAUAUUUUGGGAAGUUUUACUAUUUUACUGCAGCUUAAAAUGAGAAAUGUUUCUGAGUUUAAAUUUGAAGAUUUUAUAAAUUAAAAUUGUCAUUCUCCAUUUAAAAAAUACUGUGUUUAGCAUCAGGGGUAAGUUUUUUGUUCAUUUUGUAAAUUACUUGUGACCUGUAUUAAAGAAUGUUUGUAAAUUAGGUCCUAAGAAGAAUCCUAAUCUAUCCUUGAUACUAUGUUAAAUCUUUAGAGUACUGUGCCUGUGUUUGUGUUUUAACACAUCACUGCCAAAUUAUUCUUUAAAUUAAACAACGUCAGUGAAAACCAUUUAAAAAUUUCCACUUAAUGUGGCUAUGUAAAAUGAUAGAAAACCAAGAGCCCCUUGUCAAGGUGUCUUUGUCUAAUUACAUUACAAUGAUUGUCAUUCACUCUAAGAAAAAUGUUUGUGGAAUAAAAAAGUGUUUAGCUAAGUGCAAGAAA